UGCACAUGUUUUUAUAAUACACUCUUUCUUGAUUUCACUUUUCUUUAUUCCUUACUCCUCAUUCUCCAUUAACCUUCAUUCUCGUUUGAAUUUCUAUCCUCUCUUUUAGUGUAACCACCCCUUUGCUUGUCCUCUCUUACAGAAGCUUAUAUAUACCACUCUCUAGAAGCAUAAGCGUAAUACAUACAUGGUCCUUUUUGCCAAAGAAGCAUCCAUUAUUACUUAGCCCUUUUUGCAAACAGUCGCCUGAGUUUGAAAGCUUAUUAUCUAUUUCUAUCGCUCUCAUGGACAUCAACAGUUCAUUCGACAACAGAGCAUCCCCAUUUGGCCACACAGGACCCGACACUGGAUUCGAAUAUCAUCAUCUCACAUCUGGAAGCGACAGAAUACUCGAACCAUGCACAACAGUGGAGGCACAAUCGUCAUUUAUGAUAAGAGAGGAGCAAGAUGAAGCUGGGCAUAUAUCCUAUGAUAAUUCUGAUUCUCCAGCUAUUCCUUCACGUCCAGGAUCCCCUGUCAGCUCACUCAAUUCACCUUCUUCCUCAGAAGUCAUGAAAGCAUUUAUUAGCACACCACCACCAUUACCAGCUUUUACAGACCCCCCUUCACCACCACGACGAGGCUCUUCAAAAAGAAGAGAGUGGCCCUUAUCAUGGGAUUGCUUAUCAGAAGGCAUAGGAGCGGAGAAUAGACCAUCCCACUUUGGUUGUACAUGUCAAGAUCGUUCAAUCUACCCUUCUCAGCCCCAUCUUUCUUAUUCAACUUCUCUUUCACAAACCCAUCAUCAUCACAUUUUUGAAUUUGAGCAACAACCAAGGAAGCCUCUAACAUCUAUAACAGGGUUCAAUCGAUGCUUAUGGCCACCUAAUUCCACUUUCCUGACUAUGUCUAAUGCUACUCUUGAUGAGCAAGGGUUAUUUCCACAACUAAGGACAAAGGAGCAGCAGUGGCCAAGGGCUGAUACCAAUGAACCGCAGGGUUCAUUUACAAGGCUAGCUACAAGCCCACUAGAGAGCAAUAUGUGGCAUGAAAGCUUGGGAAUGGGCAUCAAAGGGUCGAAGGAAGGUUUUACGGAGAAUAUGCAGGAGUUACAGCCAUGCAGAAAGUCAAGGCGUAUGGUAGAUGGACCAUACCAUAACGAGCGGAAUAAUCGCAUGGUAGUAGCUCAUGUUCGUAGGCUGAUUCAGGAGGCGGUAGAGGAUGGUGUCGGAGAGCUUGAUCUAAGCAAUCUUGAGCUUACAGAUUUACCUUCCGAGAUUCGUGAUCUCAAUUUCGCUAUCGUAUACAAUGAACGUGGGUCGUUUUCGCUUUCCACAAAUCGUCUGAAGCUCUUCUUGAGCUCGAAUCUAUUUACGACUAUACCAAUGGAUGUAUUUGCGCUCCACAAUCUGUCUGUGUUAUCCAUAAGAAAUAACAGUAUUGAAUCUAUUCCUCCAGAAAUUGGAUUGCUUCAUAAUUUGGUAGAGCUAUCAAUCGGCGGCAAUCUCUUAAAAAAAAUUCCCUCCCAAAUUGCCCUGUUGCCAAAGCUACUCAUCCUUACAGUCCACCCCAAUCCUUUCUUAAUUCCUCCAGCGCCCAAGACAGACAACAAUCACACAGAUACUUCACAAUUUCAUGAUAAUCAAGUGAAUUUGGCUGCUCUGAGGCCUCCACAUCAGAUGCUUUUAGCUGAGCGAUGGAUACCGACAUCACCAUUAGGAUCACCAACAAUGGAUCAAUCAGGGGAUAUUAACAUGUUGCCUAUGAUGCCAGAACAGCUGACCCUCACGCCCAAUUCCCUAUCACCUGUGAUCACAGAUUCGGAAAUGGAGGGGACGCUCGCAACUACUGAAGUUUCGAUACAAGGCACAGGCUCGGCAUCGAUGGUAACAUCAGAAACUAGACUUAACGGCGAACGAUUAGAUGACUCUACUGCCUCAAGAGGAAUCAAGCAGCUCCCUCCGCACAUAGUCACUCGUUCGCGCUUCCCAACCUUGCUCACGUUGGCAGGAAAUGCACUGUUGGAUUAUCUUGACUCACAUGAUUCAAGGGAUAUUGCUUCAAGGAACGAGAAUACCGUGGAUAGGCCACGAAAGGACAGCAAAAUGUCAUUGGAUGAGGAUGAGCAAGAUAGGAAAUGCAAUGUUCCAGACGAAGAGCUGUCGAAAUUAAAUAGAGCAGGGUCAGAACCCUCUUAUGGAGAGAAGAAAAGAUAUGUCGUUAAGGAUGAAGUCAUCAAAUCAUACCUGACGCUCUAUCUCUUUGAGCACUUCAAGCGAGCACGGAGUAAUAACCGGUGCGCGGGGUGUCAAAGAAAGUUCUGGAAACCUUGCAGGAUCAUGGUUGUUUGGCAAGAGCUUCUGGGGCAGACCCAGGUUCCAAUAGAGUGGAAAGGAUGCGGUAUCGGAAGAUGUCUCGGCGUACCGAUGAGUGUAUGGACGAUUAUUGGUCAGACUCGUCCUUCAACAGAAGUAGAAGCAGCAGUAGUAACAGAACCUCCCCCACCCACGUAAGGCGUGG